AUGACAGCUGCCUAUGUGUUCACAGAUUAUCGAUCUCAGGGACAAACAAUACCUUAUGUCCUGGUAGACAUUGCAACACCACCAACAGGAGGGCUAAAUUUAUUUAAUCUCUACAUUGCACUUUCACAGAGUUCUGGAUGUCACUGUCUUGAACUCCUAGUGGAGGAUGAUAGAUUAAAGGAACUAGAUGAGCGGACAAAAGUCUGGUGGACGAAGAUGGGAAAACCUAGUACUACCUAG